AUGCCUCCUGCUCGGCUUCCGGAACAGGAACCUAGAAUACCUGUCACUUGCGGCCAUCCCCGGGCAUCUCCUUUGGUGUACGUCGGGACCAGAGCGAUGGGUACUCAAAUUCUCAAAGAAGGCCAUGUACGGAAACACGUCGUCUAUCUACGUGUUGAGUCACACACCAGGUGA